UUCUUUCCUACCUGACUACCUACCUAGGUACCUACAGAAUACCAACCUCGGUAGGUAUGCAACAGUACCAAUUCUAUCUUUCCACCCGCCCAACGGCCAAGUUGAACCUGCAAACUUACCUGCUCCUGCUUUGUAGGUCUCUUCUGCUCGGCUGCAAACACCAAAUAGCCUCGCUUUCGCCAACCCAUAAGCUCGGCAAACCCCGGUUUGCAUUCUCUCUCUCUCUCUCUCUCUCUCUCUCUCUCUCUCUCUCUCUCUCUCUCUCUAUCUACACCCACACACACAACACACAACACACAUUUAGAUCUCUUCCAGACACGUGCGCUGCGUGCGACCCGUCCGUGCCGAAAGACAAAGUUACCGUCCGGCUGCUCCCACUCUCCAACGAGCCACUAUUCGCGGAUCGUCGUCCAUGGGUCAUUACUCGGUCAUAGGUACCCUGUCGAGUGUUGCGCACCAUCAAAAACUCUGUUACGCUCGUCCCCCUCGGCAGAUGGGCCCCCCGAGCCGCCGAUCCCCCUUACUACAGUAAACACGACACGAGGCAAUUCGCAAACCAUGACGAUCUUUGUCCUGACAGGCGUCGCGCCGUCAUCUUGCGGAGAUGAAGGGGCAUCAGUUUUGCCAGAUGGACCAUGGUAAGUAUAACUUUCGUGUAUCAAUGUGCGCGCGCUGUAUGUAUAUCCGUAAUUCAAAAACAUUUCUGCCAACUCCAUAAUUUCUGCCCGUACGUGUGGGUUGUCUGCUAUGCUGUUUGUGCCAUGGCCCCUAUAUCGAACUCGGAAAAUUUGCGUCAAGAACCUGUUUAAGCCCCUCCUACUCCCUCUUCCUCCAACAUUUAUUGCCCUUGCACCAAAGCUCCUACUU